AUGGCGGCUUACAGAGCCGACGAUGACUACGAUUAUCUGUUCAAGUUAGUUCUGAUCGGAGAUUCUGGUGUCGGUAAAUCGAACUUGCUUUCUAGAUUUGCUAAGAACGAGUUCAAUCUGGAAUCAAAGUCAACUAUCGGCGUCGAAUUCGCUACCAGAAGUAUCCGUGUUGAUGAUAAAAUUGUCAAGGCUCAGAUUUGGGAUACUGCUGGACAAGAAAGGUACCGAGCAAUCACAAGCGCGUACUACCGUGGCGCAGUGGGGGCCCUACUAGUCUACGACACGUCCCGCCACGUCACCUUUGAGAACGUAGAAAGAUGGUUAAAAGAGCUCCGGGCCCACACAGACUCAAACAUCGUGAUCAUGUUAGUAGGAAACAAGGCGGAUCUUCGACACCUACGUGCGGUCCCCACAGAGGAAGCAAAGGCAUUUGCGGAAAAGGAAAAUACAUAUUUUAUGGAAACGUCUGCUCUUGAAGCGUUGAAUGUUGAAACGGCUUUUACUGAAGUGUUGACACAGAUACAUCAUGUGGUGAGUAGAAAGGCGCUUGAUGCCGGGGAUGAUCCUUUGGGGUUGCCUAAAGGACAGACGAUUAAUGUUGGGAGUAAGGAUGAUGUUUCGGCUGUUAAGAAAGUUGGUUGUUGUUCCGCUUAA